AUGUCUGCUUUCUCCCCUGUAGAGCGCCUUCCGAAUGAGCUCUGGGAUCAGAUCAUAGGAUAUCUGGAUACCGAGCCACCAUCGGCAAGACGACUACAUCAUGCGCCAAGUUUACAACUGACCGAGUCAUCAACCAAAGACCUCAAGCAUCUGGCACAAUGCUCGUCUGGCUUUCUCCAGCUCGUACGACCCCAGCUAUUCACUCAUGCUCGUCUGAAACUGCAUGAUGAGCCGGCCUUUCUCUCCUUCCUGACUAAAUCAGACCUCACGCGACAUGUGACCUCUAUCAUCAUAGCAGUGGAAGACAACAGCCCGGAUCACCGAGCCGACCCCUUUUGGUGGCGUCAAGUCCUCUCUUACCUGGACCCUGCCCAUAUCAUGGUGUUAGCGCCGCCAACAUUCAUUGGUGAAACCAUAGGCAGCCCAAUCAUGGAUGGCCAUAGCUGGGCAUUUGAUAUCCCACUGCAGAUCCUGGAUAUAACGCGACGUUGCAGAUUUGACAACUCGCAUAACUUACCAGACUUGAAGUCAUGCACAAGUCUACUGGGAGCCCGUCCCUGGACGUCAAUUGCCUUUAAUGAGUCAUCUUCUCUAAAAGCAUAUAACCACUACGAAUACUUUCUCUCCUGUGUCCCAUCCAUCCUCAGAGAAUGGGGAAUCAUGCGUGGCGAAGGGCACAACAUGCCGCUUCAACGGCCAAAGGAUUUACCCUUGCUAUUACAUGGUCUGAAUACCUUCUCUUACACAGCAGUCUUCCCGUUCUACAAUCACGUGCAAAUUGUACUCGAUGGCGUCUUGAGAAUGGGCUCUCUUCGACGUCUGGAUGUCCAAUUGGCGCCUGAUCGAAAUAACCACGUUACCGAGAUUGAACAACGAGGCUCCAUGGAUGCUAACGAUCCGUGGAUGGAGCUUGCAACCUCGUAUUCUCUAAUUGGGUUCACUGUCAGCCAAAUGGAAAGUUUGAAAGAGUUCAGAUCCGGUGAUUUACAUGUGGAAGCUGUGAGGGAUGAUCUACUCGCAAAUUUGAACGAUGUUAUUGGUGAUGGGGGUUGGGUGCAUGAUGGUCGUGGGAUUUGGAAGCGUAACUAA